GACCCACAACAUCAAUUUUCCUCCUGACGACCAUUCUUUGACACUGAUUUACCUUCGUUUACCACUGAGGAGUCGGCCCCGCAAAUAUGGCUGAAGAAACCGUUGACUACUCUCUCGCGAAUCCCGACACCUUGACCAAGUACAAGGUCGCCGCCGGAAUCUCUCAGACAGUCCUGAAGGCUGUGACAGGGUGGUGCGUUGAAGGAGCAAACAUUGUUGAGGUUUGCGAGAAGGGUGACAAGCUGCUGGAAGAGGAAGUUGCAAAGGUUUACAAGGGAAAAAAGAUUGCCAAAGGAAUCGCACACCCCACCACCGUCUCCCCUAGCUCCUACAUCACGCCGUACACACCGCUGAAGACCGACGAGGAAGAGGCAGCUACAGUUCUCAAGCCUGGCGAGGUCAUCAAGAUCCAACUCGGGGCACAGAUUGACGGGUUCGGCGCAAUUCUUUGCGACUCGAUCAUCAUCCCAUCUGAGAAGAACGAGGAUGACAAGCUCCCCGGACGCCAGGCAGACCUGCUCCUAGCAACACACUAUGCUAACGAGCUACUCCUCAGACUCAUGAUCCCCCCGGGGUUGGUUCCUACCGGCACAGAGGAAGAGCAGAAGAAGGCUGCAGCCCAGAAGCCGCCAACCCAAGCUAAGAUCACACAGCUGCUGGAGAAGGUUGUCAAGAGCUUCGACUGCAAUCUCGUAGAGAGCACAACUUGCUGGUUGUUUGAGCGAAACGAAAUUGAGGCGAAGAAAAAGAUCAUUCUUGCGCCAGGAGAAGGUGUCAGGGGUGAGGGAAUACCCGAGAUCGGCGAAGUAUGGGGUGUCGAGAUGGGCGUCAGCCUGGGUUCUGGCAAGGUCAAGACCCUUAGCAACAGACCUACGCUUCAUCGCCGCACAACCACAACAUACGGGCUGAAGAGGCCAAGCUCUCGGGCUACCUUAUCCGAGAUUGUGAAGAAGUUCGGCACUUUCCCCUUCAGUCUGCGGCAGCUUGAGGACGAGCGGUCGGCCAAGGUCGGAGUCGUCGAAUGCGUCCGAGGCGGUGUCGUCCGCCAGUACGAGGUUGUGGGUGACAAGGAUAACGAACCGGUGGCUCGUCUCUUCACUACGAUUGCACUGACGAAGAAUGGGCUGACGCGCCUUUCUGGGCCCCCAUCCCCUGAUCUGGAACAGUACAAGACAGACAAGAAGAUAACAGACGAAGAGGUUCUCAAGAUUCUUGAGCGGCCGAUUGGAAAGCCGCCCGGCACAAAGAGCAAGAACAAGAAGAAGAAGAAGAAGCCCGCGAAGAAGGUUGCUGCGGAGGCGGAGGAGGACGAGGAGGGAGAGAGCAGCGACGAAGAGUAAAAUGCUCCGGCGAUGAGGGCCAAGGGUCGUCAUUCUUGCCAAGUCAGCAAUCUCGCCCGCUCGAACGAGGCUCUUCUGUUCGUGACAGAGGGGUGUGAGUAAGUGACAAAGACUUGGGAUG